AUGAGUGAGACAAAAGAUUUGAACCAGUUGACCGUUUCGGAAAGGUUUCAACUUGCGAGGGGAAGAUACGAAGACAUAAACAACAACACAACAGAUCGACAAGAUUCACUUGAAUAUCAACAACGUCUACAAGAUCUUAUUACUGAAUUUGAGCUAAUUUUACAAAUCGUUCAGUCUCUUGCAUUGUUUAGUGACAAUGAACGACUACUGGAACUCACCACGUCUUAUAUUCCUUAUUUGAAUCUAUGGUUUUAUUUGUCUCAGUUGUAUUCUAAACUUCAAUUAAAACAAGGCACAAUAUCGCUUGAUUCCAAACUGGGUUAUCUAAAAUUAGCUAAACUGUAUGCUCUUGAGUUUCUCACCAAUUUACAAAAUUACCGAAUCUUAGAUCAAGAUCAAGCACAACGAUUGAAACUUUUUGAUAAGGGGGAGGAGAUUAUCAUGUCACCUCAGUUGAAAAGACAGGAGAAGAUUGAUAAUUAUAAAAAGGAACAACAAUUGCAUCACCAAUUAGCAGUAUUGACUGAUUUGAAACAUGAUUUAAAUGAAAGAUUUGAAGACGAGACAUUGAAAGCAAUAUAUAUUGAUCAGUUGAAAUUUCACAUUUUGAAAGCAUUUGAUUCAAUUGGAUUGAUUACAAUGGAGUUGGAAGUGCUUUCAAACAGGCCACCACCAGGUUCGACAAACUCACACGAUGCAACUGCUGAGAAUGAUGGUAGAGUAGCCAACUCCACAACAGAUCUGACUGGAUUUACUACAAAAAUUGAACAACGCCCAGCUAAACAGAUUUCGGACUUGAUUUCCAAACAAGGCAAAGUUCUUCAACCAUUUACUAUAACAUCUAAAUCACAAUUACGUAAUCGUGUUUUUGGUACUGGCCAAGUAUUACCAUCAAUGACGGUUGAAGAAUAUUUGGAUUAUGAAUUGGCUAAUGGGAAAAUGAUGAAGGAAGAAGUUAAAGACGUAAGCAAAGGACCUGAUUAUGAAAGUGAUGAAGAUGAUGAAGCCCAAUUAGAGAAAAGGCGGUGGGAUGAUUGGAAAGAUGAAAAUCCAAGAGGUGCUGGAAAUAUGAAGGCAAAUAUUGGAUAA